AUGCAGAGCUAUUCUCUGUCAUCCGCGCCUCCUCCCGGCCCCAAGAACUACGUCUUUGUCGAUGAGCAUAACCGACAUAAGCGACUCAAGGUAAUGAGAGCUUGUGAAGGAUGUCGUCGACGGAAGAUCAAGUGCGACUCUGCCACAACCAACACAUGGCCUUGCGCCGCCUGUGUCCGGCUGAAACUUCAAUGCAUCCCUCCGGCGGGAGGAUUGGACGGUGAUCCAGGAGAUGUUGGGCCGGGGAGUGCUGGCGAAGAGACGGGCGGACCGCCUUCAUACUCGGCCGCAUUAGUCGCACCUGGCCAACAACAAGUCCAGAGCUAUGCGCCCGCAGCCCCAGCCUUCCAACUCAACCAAGGAAACCCAUACUCCUACGAUGCAUACGUGACCAAUCACCAGAAGCCGUUGUUUCAAGCCAACGAAAAGACCUACGACAGCUUUUACCCAGACUCCCAUCAAAUCCCCGGGACGCUACAUGACACCUUCCAGAAUGCUUCUCAAACGUAUGCGCAGACCCAAUAUGACGAGACACCUUUCAGGCAAGAGCGCGCUGGGUCUUCCCCGAUCGACCAAUUCACUGCCGAAGAUCUCAUGGAACACCUUGGGCAGCUGAAGAUUGGUGAAAGCGGAGUCGCUCCCUAUAUUCGCUCAGAAAAAAGCAGCAAAGAACUGGACCUCCCCAUCCAGGAACCUGAGCCUGAACCACGGAUUGCUGCUGCCUUCAGCACCGAUGCAGGCUCUCAAAUCAGGAUUCCUCCGGCUCUGAUGCCGUCGCACGAGGACGCGAUGCAAGCCUUUGAGACGUAUUUCAAUAACGUCCACCCAUACGUGCCAGUGCUGAACAGACAACAAUUCUACAAUCAGUGGCACAAUGAUCAGUCAUCCAUCUCACCUCUUAUCCUGGAAGCCGUUUUUGCCAAUGCUGGUCGCCUGUCAGAUGAUCCAGCCCAAGGCGCACAAUGGCUUGCUUUGGCCAAUAGUAAGUACGAUACACCCUUUUGGCUGUGCGCUGCUAACAAGCGGGAGAACACGAACCAUUCUUUCUGGACAGUCCACGGUUGA